CGCCAGUUAUUUAGAACACACACGGCGCUUUGGAGGACCGGUUCUUUCACGACACCCAGCCCACGAAUAACCUCACUUGGCGGAAACAUCAGCCCCCCUCCAGCGAUUCCCGACGACGAUGGAGAGCAUUCGACAGGCCUUUGCUCGAGCGGCAGCCGACCAGCGCCCGGCGCUGGUGGCCUAUACCACGGCCGGUUACCCUACCCUGGACGGGACAGUCGACAUCCUCCUUGGCCUUGAGAGCGGAGGCGCUGGUAUGGAGAACCGCACUUUCUUUCUCAUUUCCCGUCCUUUCAAUCAUCCGCCCUUCCUUUCCUUCUUGUCCAUUCAUGCCAUCCUCACUACCGUUAUGAUCCCGAAUUUAUACUAACAGGCAUCGUGGCGGCCUCCCGAUGGAAACAGAUAUCAUUGAGCUCGGCGUGCCGUUCACGGACCCCAUCGCCGAUGGGCCCGUCAUCCAGGCAGCCAACGUCCAAGCCCUGGAGAAUCGGACCACGGUCCCGGAAGUGCUGCACAUGGUGCGGGUGGCGAGGCAAAGGGGCAUGCAGGCUCCCCUCCUGUUAAUGGGAUACUACAACCCCGUUCUACAGUACGGCGAGGAACGCAUGGUUCGUGACUGCAAGGACUCGGGUGUCGAUGGAUUUGUUAUGACGGAUUUGCCCCUCGAGGAAGCAGGCCGGCUCCGCGGGCUGUGCGCUGAGUCUGAGCUUUCGUUCAUCCAACUCAUCUCCCCUGCUACGCCGGAUGCACGCGUCAAGACGCUGUGUGAGAUGGCGGACUCCUUCAUCUAUGUCGUCUCGCGGAUGGGCGUGACCGGAGCGACGGGGCAACUCGACGGGAACCUGGCGAAGCUGACGAGUCGGGUCCGCACCUGGGCUGGAGAGACUCCCAUCGUGGUGGGCUUUGGCCUCAGCACACGGGAGCACUACCUGGCAGUGCAGAGACUCGCGCAGGGCUGCGUGAUUGGGAGCCAGAUUGUCAAGGUCAUCGGCGAGGCGGACGCGGGCCAGGCUGCGAUGCGGGCCGAGGAAUAUCUGGCCGGAAUCACGGGGCGGCGGCCUCGAGAGAGGAUCACGGACCUGCGCCGAGGAUUUGAGCACCAGCACCGCGCCAGCAGCGAAGCAUCCGCCCGCAAUCCGCUUUCCUCCUCCUCCUCCUCCUCCUCCUCCUCCCCCCCCUCCAACCGGCGGUUCGGGGAGUAUGGGGGCCAGUACGUGCCCGAGGCCCUCAUCCAUUGCCUGGGGGAACUGGAGCGCGCCUUCGAGGCCGCACGCGGGGAUCCCACCUUCUGGGACGAAUACCGCGCCCACCACGAAUACCUCGGGCGGCCCAGCAGCCUCCACCGGGCGGCGCGGCUGACGGAGCACGUCGGCGGGGCGACCAUCUGGCUCAAGCGCGAGGACCUGAACCACACGGGCAGCCACAAGGUGAACAACGCGCUGGGGCAGAUCCUGCUGGCGCGGCGGCUGGGCAAGAGCCGGGUGAUCGCCGAGACGGGCGCCGGGCAGCACGGGGUGGCCACGGCCACGCUCUGCGCGCAGUUCGGGCUGUCGUGUGUGAUCUACAUGGGCGAGGAGGAUGUCCGCCGGCAGGCGCUGAACGUGUUCCGGAUGAAGCUGCUGGGCGCCGAGGUGGUGUCCGUGACCACGGGCGGGCGGACGCUGCGCGACGCCGUCAGCGAGGCCCUCCGGGCGUGGGUGGCCCGCGUCGACACCACCCACUACGUGCUGGGCUCCGUGUCCGGCCCCCACCCGUUCCCGACCAUUGUGCGCACCUUCCAGUCUGUCAUCGGCACCGAGACCAAGAGCCAGAUGCGCGCCGCCACUGGUCGCCUCCCGGACGCCGUGGUGGCCUGCGUCGGCGGCGGCAGCAAUGCCUCCGGCAUGUUCUACCCGUUCCGGGACCACGCGGACGUCCAGCUCGUGGGCGUCGAGGCCGGCGGCGAUGGGCUGGACACCGGCCGCCAUUCCGCGACGCUGACCUCCGGCACCCGCGGCGUCCUCCACGGCGUGUAUACCUAUCUGCUGCAGGACCCCCACGGGCAGGUCUCGUCCACCCACUCGAUCUCCGCCGGCAUGGACUACCCCGGCGUUGGGCCGGAGCUGAGCGCCUGGAAGGAUAGCGGGCGCGCUCGAUUCCUGGCCGCCACCGAUGCGCAGGCCUUGCGCGGCUUCCGGGCCCUGGCGGAGUUGGAAGGGAUCCUGCCCGCCCUGGAGUCGUCGCACGCCGUCUGGGGAGCCAUGGAGCUAGCUCGCACCAUGGACAAAGGGCAGAAUAUCGUCGUCUGCCUGAGCGGAAGAGGCGACAAGGAUGUCCAGAGCGUGGCCGACCAUCUGCCUCGCUUAGGCCCGCAGAUUGGAUGGGACUUGAGAUUCUAGUGUCGUGUAGUGCAGGGAUAGGGAUCAGUGAUCUGUAGCUGUAGGUAGCAUCUGGAGCCCCCGGCCGGAGGAGGGAAGUCCCCAUAGCCAGAAAGAUGUCAUUGGUCAAGGCAAUUAUACUUAUACUUGCGCGAAGAUCCGCCUUAGUACAGCUUUUGGGGGAAAGGUUUUGACGGAAUAAUGAAUUGCUCUUCUAACCCCGUGCUCAGCUUGC